UGUUUCCAAUAGGAACAUAUGAUGAGCCCAAGUAGCUGAAAGGAAGCUUGAGAGAAGGAGCCCUAACUUUGGGAUAAGUGUGGUUUAUUCGAGCAGUCUGUUUUUCAAACUGAAAACAAAGUAUGGAAGUUCGGCUGUGGAAAGGUUUUUUGCACACAACCAGGCAACCACAGAUGAACCUUACUUACCCUGUGAGCAGCAUGGCAAGUGAGCAUCUCUAAUGCUGCGUCACCUUCCUCGUCAAACCAGUCCGCUUCACAUCAUCUCUCCUGCUACUGCCAUCCAACGGUGGCGCUCUGAAGGAAGGGUAGCUGCAUGGCUGCACGUCCCCAUCCUGCAAAGCCACUUCAUCGCCCCUGCCGCUUCCCUGGGCUUUCACUUCCACCACGCAGAAUCCGAUUCCUCCACGCUGACCCUCUGGCUGGGAGAAGGACCCAGCAGACUGCCAGGAUACGCUACACACCAAGUAGGAGUUGCAGGUGCUGUGUUUGAUGAUAGCACCGGAAAAGUGCUGGUUGUACAAGAUCGACAUAAACUGAAAAAUAUGUGGAAAUUUCCAGGAGGCCUGUCAGAGCCUGGAGAAGAUAUCGGCGACACAGCAGUCCGAGAGGUGUUUGAAGAGACUGGGGUGAAGUCAGAAUUCAGGUCUCUGCUGAGCAUCCGGCAGCAGCACAGGCACCCUGGAGCCUUCGGGAAGUCAGACUUGUACCUGAUCUGCCGCCUGCAGCCGUGUUCCUUCACUAUCAACUUCUGCCAGCAGGAAUGCUUGACGUGUGAAUGGAUGGAUCUAGAAAACCUGGCCAGGACUAAAAACACAACCCCUAUAACCAGCAGGGUAGCUAAGCUGUUGCUAUAUGGACACAGGGAAGGGUUUGACAAAAUUGACCUCAGCAUGGAGGAACUCCCGGCAGUGUACACAGGCCUGUUCUACAAACUCUAUCACAGGGAACUGCCGGAGAGUUACACAGCCACCACGGGGACAGAUUGAGUGAAACAAAGGUGGGCACAGUCUGCGGCUCAUACCUGGCACCAGCUUUCUUUCUCACAUACAUGAUUUCCAUGAUGGAAAUUUGUAAAUGCACAUCGCUUUAAAUCCUCUUUUCUAAUAAAGAAAAUAAAU